CAUUUAUUUAAGAAUAUAUCAUGACGCGACAAUUUUGAUUUUUAAUAUACUUACUUGGCUCAUAUCAUUGACGAUUGCUUUUCCUUAAUUAAUUUGCACAUAGCGAGCCUGAUUAAUAUUUAUUUCAUUAGAUCUAUUUAAUCUAUCAAAUUGCUUUACGUUUAUGAAAAAGGACAGAAUAGCAUGCUACAUUGCAGAAUUGCAAAAGUGAUACAUCAUUCUUUAUUGUUAUGUGACGCAUUAGAGAGAAUUUACGACGCCUGCUUGUCAGAGUGUUUUGCUACCAGAAAGUCUCCAAUAUCAGGAGGCACGGUAGUGCCUCGCGCCAAGUGUACGCGCAGCGCGAGGCACCAUCGCUCCCUCAAUUACGCGAGACCUCGUUUGCGAGAUUCCGCAGACUAUCGGAUCUCAAUAACAGCUGAAUCGAUUAAUUUUUUAAUGGGCUUAAUGGAUAGCUUGGAUCCGAUUUGUAUAACAAAAGUGUUUCUAUUUUUCCGCUACGAGCGAGGAUAUCGCGAUUUAAGGUUUUGCAUACGGGAGUAAAAUAUUUUAAGAUACAUCGUUAAUUUUUACCUACAAAAUAUUUAGUAUUGCAUGGAACUUUAAUGUAAUUAGUAGUCAAAUUUGUUUCUAAAACGUCAAUUAAUUAGAAGACAGGAGACAAAAAUGGUGGAGAUCCGUGUGCCGGUAUUCGACAAUUCGCCGUCGAUCGAGCGGAUCUUACGUCCAAUAUCGUACACGUCUUGGUUCAUGGGCAGUAUUGCACAUCCGCGAAAGUGUCCCAGGGUCGUAACGAUAAUCAUACGUAUCGUUCAUCUGGCCGUGUGUUCAGUUAGCGUAUUGUACAACGUGAUUGAACACCUCAAUUUCGUUAGACUCCAGAUUGGCAAUCAUUUCUCGAUCACAUAUUUUGUAAACAAGCUGAUGUGCUACGUGUCGGCGUAUUAUUACAUUUGUCACGGAAUUAGGCAAUAUGACAAGUGGCCAAAGCUGAUGGACAAGAUAAAGGAGCUCGAUCGAAAGAUCAGGAGGGAAACACAAAUUAAUGACCAGCCAGUAAAGAGGGCAGAAGUAGCAGCGAUACUCGCGACUUUCGUUUGCUGUCCCUUUUUGCUGAUCACACACACCUUGUAUUGCUUCGUAUAUUCACAGAACGUUUCAGCAUCCAAGUUGCUGUUUUUCUACAUGCUCGCCCAGUCGUUGAUCAACAGCUUUGUCUUCGAUAUUGUUGUCUAUGUGCUAUAUCAUAGAUUUCAAGCGAUAAAUAAAUUAAUUGGCCAAUUGGACAAAUCAUCCACUGCGCCAUGGAUUGCAUUCAAGAUUAGACGCAUCAGAGAAUUGCACGCCGAUGUUUGUGAUCUCGUCGUCGUGGUAAACGACAUUUACGGUCUUUAUCUCCUUCUCUGCGCGACGAACUGUUUUAUCACGGUCGUAACAACUCUGUUCAGAAUCUAUUUAGUUGUGAAGAAAACCUAUGAUAACCUGCAGUACUAUUAUAUAUCAAUAAAUAUUGUAGCUUGGAUUUUAUGUACUACGCAAUAUGGUCUGAUGUGCUGGAUUUGUACGCUCGCGCGUCAAGAAUCCGACAAGACUGGAAUAAUUAUGUGUGCAGUUGCACUGAAAUGCAAAUCGGUGAACUAUGACAUACUACAUGAAACAGGGAUUCAAUCGGGUUUAGAAAUGCAAUUUGAAGACUUGAACAAUAAGCAAACAUUUAAUUGGAGUCAUAGUCUGAGUUACGUCAUCAUAGAAAAUCUAAGAAACCUAGAUCGAGACUGUGUUAGAAGCGAAAUCAAAGAUUUUUCGAUUCAACUGCAACAUAGUCGAGUAGCAUUUACAGCCUGCAAUUUCUUCGAAAUAAGCAACGCUGUCUUCUGUGGUGUAAGUACAAAUUUCAUUUACUUCUUUACAGUUUUUGUAAAGUUGGUAUUUUUUUAAUUGCAAUAUGUUAUAAAUAAUCUUGAAGCAAUUAAAUGAAAGAAAUUUAUUUUUCAGUUUAUUGGAAUGAUCAUUACUUAUUUAACAAUCUCCAUUCAAUUCUCUGAUUAAUACGAAAUCAUGUAUUCAGGAUACGUUUAUUAGUUUGUUGCAUGUCACAUGUAUAUUACAUAUACGUUCAAAAACAAAGUUUUCAAAUUUUUGUUGUCUGUGUGAUUUGAUGCACUCUGACGCUCUUUAAUUUCAAUACCAUAAUUGCAAUAUUUAAAAAAGUAAUUAAAUAUAAAAGUAAAUAGAUUAAUAAAAUUUACACAGAAACUUACAUUUAUCGGAAAUAUUUUGAGGUCAGCACCUAGUUUUCAUUAAAUUUUGCAUUACGUAUUAACGCUUUUUGAAACAGGGAAAUAUUUGAUAAUUAAAAAAAAUAGAUUUGAUAAAAUCUGUAAAUAAUAAAUAGUUGUAAAGUUUUGUUAUUAAAAUUUUUGUAAGUAUUUAUGAGGUUGAAACAAAAAGAAAAGCAAUAACAUGAAAGGUGAUAAAUGCAAAUCCGCUGCAAUUAUUAAAUUUUAUUUAGACAUUUCGUCUUUCCUUUUAAGCUGUUUUCGAUAUGUGAUUACAAGAUUUUGUAUAUAUGCUGAUGAAAAAACUUUUUUUUUAAUUGUCGUAAAUAUUAUGAACAUCUGACCACUUUUCCAUAAUAUAAAGUGGUCAAAUUAUUUAAAAAUUUAUAAACAUAUUUUUAAGUUUUUAAAACAAAUGUUUAUAUUUUAAUUUGAAAAAAUUUUACAUAUAAUGCAACAAAUGUAUUACAGUUUUGAUGAGAGGAAAAGAAUGGAAAAUUGUUAUUAAUUUGUAUAUACAGUCUAUUAGUUGCAUUCAACACAAAGUAAUUUAAAUUAUUACAUGAUUGCAGUAAUAAAAUAAAAUAUUAAUAUAUUAAAAUAAGUUACGCAGUAUACUUCUCCAUUUAAGAUUUAAAGUAAAUUGUUUUUUUUUAAUUAGGUCGUAUAUUCUGUAAUGCUUUUUUCUUGUUUGUAUUUACACGUUCCAAGCUUGAUUAAUUUAUUGCAAAUUAUUUUAUUAAAUGCUUUUAAUUUAUUAAAGUUCUAAUUCCAAUUUAAUAUUACGGAACUUCAGAAAUAAUACGUCGUUCUCUCUUUGUAAAGUGCCAGAGAGAAUUUACAACUUGCACGUUUGUCAGUGUUUUGCUUCUAGACCGCUUUACUAUUUUUCUUUAAAAUAUUCUGUAUUGCGAAGAACUUUGCGAUAUAAUCACAGCCGCACUUGCUUGUGAAACAUGUUACUUACAAUUAGUAAAAAGAGACGAGAAGAAAAUGGAAGCAAAGAUUCAUAUACAAGUGGAAGAUAACUUGCUUUCGAUAGAGUACUUUUUGUGUCCAAUAUGUCUCCUGGUUUCUGGGGGUUGGAAAUUCACGUUUAUCUGGAAAGUGUCUUAAAGUUAACGAUGAACAUACGUACAUCUACCUGGUCAUGUGUCAGUUAGCAUAGUGAUAGAAUUUUCUUUAUGCUAGCGUCUUUUUUGCUUUUUCUAGUAAUACAUUCAAGUUUACAUAAAUCAAAGACAAUAUAGAGAGAAAAUUUGAAAAAUAAAAAAAUAAACUUUUUCUUUAAAAAGUAAGCUAAAUCUGUGAAUUGUUGUUAACUAUUAAUAGAUAUUAAAACAUUUGUAUUAUAUUGUAUUAUAUUUUUAACUAUGUUGAAACAAAAAGAAUAACAAAACCAAUAGUAUGAAAUGUGGUAAAUGUGAAUCGAUUGCCGAGUAUAAAAGUAUUGAGGUGUGUACAGUACUAGAUAAAUAGUUUAUGAUAUCCUCUCCUCCUUAUUAUUUAUAUUACUAGAACAAUACAGCGCGUGCUUCGCGCGCGCCUUUCAGAAGCCAAAAAUUAAUCGCUAGCAUAAUUCAAAAAUAUUUUUAAAAUAUUAAUAUAUUCAGUUUGGUUCCUUUAAUUCGUGAAUAUUAAAUGCUUACUAUGUAACAUUUUGGAACAGCAACUAAACUAUUUUAAAAAAUGUAUAAAAACAAAUUUACAAUAACUUUUAAAUAUCAUUUAUUUUAAAUAACAAUCAUAUUUUAAUAUUAUGAU